UUUCGGAAAAGAUUCAUCUGUCGAGAGAAGUUCCCAUCUGUCGAGAGAAGCUGCUCAACUUUUCAACAGACGCAAAAACAACAAAAAAAUAAAGCUGCGCAUGUAUGUCGUCGCGCUGGCGUGGGCGUGCGUGACCUCUGCCUUAGCUGACCCCCGCGCUGACCCUCUGGCCGACCGCAACCCGCAGCCCACCAAGGUCGUCCUGGGUCAGUCAACCCCUGAGGAAGACAGCAAGACAGCCCACCUGACUGUACCAGGACCAGUAGGAGUUUCCCUUGGCGUGGGAGUGCCUGUCCCCCCCUUGCCAGUCGAGGUGCAUGUAACUCACCCCCCCUCUUCUCUUUUUCUCUCCCCCCCAGGCCCGUCUCGACCCGGAUGCGGAUCCAGCGAAAAGUAUUGUCUCAUCAAUAGCGAUUAUCCGUUGGAUAAAGUCAACGCCAUCAUUGACCGGUACUAUAACAAUGUGCUCCAUCUGUACAACGACCUGUACCGCUUCCCUCCCCACGACAUUAUGUACCACGACAACCGCACACAUGGAUACAGGCACGGCGGUCACUUCGUCUGCGAGAGCGCCGUGCAGUACGUGAGGCCUGGCUGGGCGCAGAACAUCCGCGGCGAGUGGGUGGCCGUAAUUAACACAGAUAAAUACCCUCAGUCUGUCCGCGUCGAAAGCUGCAAAUACCGGGGCAAGCGUUGCGAGUUCCUCCCUCCGUGCUACAAGUCGAAGUGCGUCCAGCGACACACCUACGUGAAGCUCCUGAGUGUCGACCCUUACCGCCCCGAGUACAAGCCGACGGUGGACGUCUUCGAGAUUCCUUCGGCGUGCUCCUGCUUCGUCGAGGAUUUCAUCUACUACUGAAGUGUUUUUGACUGAUUGGUUUAUCUGUCGGUGAGGCGUUCUGACUACGGUUUUGGAGGAGAGAUUCGUUUGGGGAUUUUGUUUACGAGUGAAGCGUUUCUUUGAGGGUUUUGUUUUGUAUUUCCGAAGCUUCUCGUUUAUUAGGACUUUAUCUGAUACUGAGGAGUUUAUCUUCUGGUGAAGAGUUUUGUUAAGGACUUCACUUAUUGCCGAAGCUUGUGUUAGCGAAGUGUUAGGCUAAAUUGGAGUGUAAUCUACUAUAGGUGAAACUUUCGUUGGGGAGUUUAAACUACUUCUGAAGCGAUUCGUUAAGCGUUUCCUCCUGAACCUCCUAAGGACUGAAGGAAUCUCUGAUGCUUUACGGUUUAAUUCAAGCUUUUGUUGUUGUCGUUCUGCCGGGAGGGUCGUUGUAGCUAUAUAUGUUGUUUGUUAUGGCUUCUGUUAGUAAAUAAUAGGUUCAGUUGGGAAGUUAUUUUUCGUUCUUUUAUGUAGCAUUAGAUUAAAUUG